AUGAGGAUGUCGGCGACGAUGUUGAGAGGCGGAGACAGUGGUGCUAAUGUUGAUGAUGCCGAGGUGGAGAAAAAAAGAGCCAGCAAUGGAGGAAGAGAAGAAAGAGGAAGAAGAGGAGGAGGAGGAAGAAGAAGCCAACAAUGGUACUCAAUUGAAGGUGAUGAAGAUGAUGGUGGUAACUGGUCUAUCACUGUAUUUUCAUAA